AUGUUCCACAAGACUUCCAUGAACAUCAAGCUGAAGGAUAAGCACAUCCUCACGGCUUAUUGCCAGCGACCUUCCGGUGAAGCGAGAUACUCAGAGCUCGAUCUGGAUCAAUUCCUUGGCGCAAAGAAGGGACAAUUCACCUGGGGCGACCAGGGCUUCUCAAAGAGUUCACGCGACGUUGUCUUCAAGCUAGAAGGUCCCGACAACGAACCCAUGUUGCACGCGCAAUUCGAUGACGGCGAAGGACAUAUCAAAGACAGUCAGGUGAACCUGGGACAUUGCAUCAAAAACGAAGACGGUCACCUGAGUUUCAUGGAAUGUUUCUAA